AUGAUAAACAUUGCUGAAGACGCGAGCAACCGAGAAUUCAAAAAGCAAAUCCCAAUAACUAUGUCUAAAAAAUCAAACAGUAAGAAUCAAGAAUUCUUGUAUUACGAUAAAAAGCACGAUAAUUCGAUAUCAAAAAAACGGUCGGAUCGUAAAAUUAAUGUGAUCGAAACCAAGCCGAAUAUUAUAAAACGUGUAACCGAUUCUCCAAAAAAGGGAAAGAAGAAUCCAACCUCGUUGGACAUUUUAACCGAUUUUUUGGAAAGCACAUCCGUACACGGUUUGCAAUAUUUCGGUAAAACGGAUAUAGAAGUCGGAACGUUUGGAAAGAUCUUAUGGAGUGUCACCAUAUUCAGUUGUUUCAUUGGUUUGAGCUUAAUGGUAAUGCAAUUUCUACGUCGUUAUAAUGAAAAUCCGACCAACAUGUAUAUAUUGACUUUCGAUGAACCGAUAUUCAAAGCUCCUUUUCCUGCUGUAACCAUCUGUCCGACUAUGCCAAUUCCUAUGCAAAAACGUCUGGCCAUUUUGGAAAACGCGAUAUUGCCUAAGAACGUGAGCAGAGAAUUUGCGUUAAACAUAUUGAAAUACGGCCACCUUAUAACUCAUUCGUACACGAGCAAGGAGUUCGAGGAAAUGGAUAAAUUAAAAGCGUUUUUGGAUGCCAAUAAAUGGAAAGUGGUAGAAUUCGUGAAAAUUUUGAUAAAUUGCGAGGAUAUCUUCGAGUUAUGUCAAUGGAAUACGGAACGAAUAGAUUGUGCUAAAUCGAUAAAGACCUCGUAUAGUUCUUAUGGAUUGUGUUGCUCGUUUAAUUAUCUUCUCGAAGGUUAUAUGAGGCCUCAAAAAGGUCAAGCAAGACCAAAACCUUUAGGAUCCGCUGAUUUUGGCUCAGAGAGCGGGUUGAAACUUGUGAUCAAUAAAGAAUUUCAACAACAGAGCGACGAGAAAGACUCGUACAAUUCUAUGAAUUUUUCCAUGAAUAAUAAUGGUAUAAUGGUAGUUAUACAUGACAGAAUGGAUUUUCCAGGAUUGAGUAGUAAUAUGUACAUGUUACAAGCGAACCAUGAAUUAAAGAUUGCUAUUAAACCGGAAUUAAUUCAGAAACCAAAAGGACUCCAACAUCGUAACAAAGAGAACCAGUUAGUUCCUUUAUGCAUCGCGGAAGAUCAAAAUACUUUGGAAUACUUCUCCAUCUAUGGAUAUUCGAAUUGUUAUGCGAAUUGUAGGGUAAAGGCCAUGCUUCGGUAUUGUGGAUGCUUACCAUUUAUUUACAGCAACGUAGCUGAAUACAAUAAGAUCAAACAUUGCGAGUUGGAUCGUCUGCAGUGUAUUCAAAGAAACGCGAAAAAAAUAAGAAUCGUGAAAAAUAUCCAAAGCAAAAAUAUUUCUUGUUCCUGUAGGACGCCGUGCACUUAUAUGAACUACGAAGGAUUUCCUAACUCGAUAUUUCUAAUGAAAACCAGUUCCACUAGAAAUGUGUCACAAAAAUCUACUAUUCUUAACGUUUACAUGAAUUCACAAACUUAUCAAGUUUCAAUAACCUUAUCAGCUGCUAACGAAACUUAUCUUUUGGCAUCAGUCGGUGGAAUUUUUAGUUUGUUCCUUGGAUGUAGCUUUUUAAGCGUCGCAGAAAUCGUUUAUUUCGUAUACUUAUUUUUUCGUGCAAGUUUGAAAUCGAAUCAGAAGAGUCGAAAUCCAAAUACAUCAUAAAUAUUGACUAUUGUAAACAGUAAUCGACAUGUUUAUUUAAACACUCAAUAAAUAACACUAGUAGAUUAUA